CGUAUAUAUUAUGCGACGACGAGGGUUGGCGUGGCAACGCUCGGUUGUUGUGUGUACAUGAUUACUCGAGCUGCGGUGAUUUCUAAGUGAUUAGACUAUUCAGGAGAUUUGCAUUUGGGUUGUUUCUUAUUCACUGACGAUGAUUGAUGCCUCUCUUCGUUCUUUGGGUGCAAAAGUUGUUGUUGCCGCAUCCAACGAUGAGGCUCACCCUCCAGAAAAUAUCAUUGACGGAAACACGAAAACAUUCUGGAUAUCCACCGGGAUGUUUCCUCAAGAGUUCAUUAUUCGCUUUGCUGAAAUGACAAACAUUUCCUCAGUGACUUUGGACAGCUAUAAUGUCAAACACCUAAAAGUAGAAAAGAACUCAUCACAGAAUGCCUCACACUUUGAGUUAGUGGCAGAGAAAGAGUUUAAACCCACUGAGGGACACCUUCAGUCAAAUUCUAUUUCGCUAAAUGGAACCAAUGCAACUCACCUUCGUUUCAUCAUCACCUCAGGAUUUGAUCACUUUGUCUCGGUGCACAAAGUCAGUAUACAGAAGUGACACACAUAUUUACUGUUACUGUCAUCAUAGUCAAAUGCAUUUGUGAAUGAAAACCGUCCCAUGUUAUUUUGUAAUUAGUGACAACUUUUUUUUCAAUAGCGGAAAAAAUGAGUCAUACUCAAGCUACAAUUUUAUUUAUUGAAUUGCUGUCUUUUGGCUAGAAAUUACACAAGUGACAAAAGACAGUGAGAACCUGUGGUAGAGAAAAUAACAACAAUAUUUCUUGGUUUUUCUCAUAGUUUUUUUGCCACAUUUUGUGGCAUUCCCUGCAAAAAAAAUGACCCUUCACUCAAUGAAAGUACAGUUAUCCCUUGUUUAUUACGGUUAAUUGGUUCCAGAACCGACCACAAUAAGUGAAUUUUCGGUGAUGUCAGAUUCCCUCUUUAUGAAAUAUUUUCGUCAAACCUGUUCACGACUUUCUGACUGCAGUUGUUAACAUUUUUAGUUGAUUUUGUCAUGUUUAUGCAUGAAAAUACUUAAUUUAGGCAACCCCCUUCUCCCAAGUUAGCUUAAAUGUGUUUUAUUAUUGUUUUUGUCCACUAAAAGGCUGUAUUCAACCAUGAAACAGCAUGAAUAAUUUGAAAAUUUGAACCGCAAUGUGACAAGGGGUUACUAUACUAUACAUAAAUAUAUUUUCAUAUAAGUAAUUGAUUAAUAUAUGUUGACCUACUGAAUGUUGAAUUGGUUAUAUUGGUUAUAUGAGCAAAACAUGUCCUUCCUUCAGUUUUUCUGUAUGCCACCCUCAUUUUCUAAUAAAAAAAAAACAC